AUGCUCGGAUUCUGGAGGAGAUCGUAUGAAGUGCUAAAAACAGAGAGCGUAAAAGCUGUCAAGGGAACUGCGCUAACAUGGCAGAAAGAACUACCAAUGCUCCAGCUAAAUACUAAAGAAGAUCUUCAGAAGUGGGUCGUUGGGAGCGACAAAGACAUUGGAGGUAAUUCAGACGCGAAGCUAGAGAUAACGCCUGAAAAUGUUUGUAGGUUUUACGGUAAUGUUUGUAAGGAUUUACCUCCAAUUGCUUCUGAACAAGCCGCUAGUGGGUAUGCGGGAAUGAGAUCAAAGGUUCGCGGGCUAACGGUAUUUGGUACACCCAAUUGGGAUACUUCGAUGUUCCGUUUUCUUGCUCUCAGGGUGAGAGGAGACAAUAAGAAAUAUUUUGUAAACAUGCAGACAGAAGGUGUGCAUCCAGCUGAUCUGUGGCAGCAUAGAUUAUUUUUGAGAAAUCCGGGGCAAUGGGAAGUUGUCAUGAUUCCUUUCCGGGACUUCAUAUUAACACGAAAGGGAAUUAUACUGGAACCUCAGAUUGAAAUGAAUCGCGAGAAAGUCAAGACUGUUGGGUUUUCUCUUUUAGCACAAUCUGGACCAUUCAGUCUUGAGAUAGAUUAUAUCACAGCUAUAAAUACCGAGGAAACCGAGGGUGAUUGGCCUCGCAUAACAAAGCCGAAGAAAGAUAAAGAGAAGGCUCAAAUUGAAGCUGCGUUAUGA